AUGCGCCAGACGCAACUUCAACGCAAGGUGGAAGAGCCACGCAGGGUGCACAAGCAGGCGUACAUCUACAGCUCAAGCAAGGAAGAAGCCGACUCCAGCGUUGAGGACCAGGACCAGGGCCAGGCCAGCGGCUCUGCCUGCCAAGUCGCCAACACAGAGGUCGAGAGGACGGUCCAGAGUCCUGAAGCUGCAAGAAGCAGUCCUCCGCCUGAGGAGCCCGUCCGCAAGCACAAGGGGAAGGCCAAGGCCAAGAGCAAGGGCAAGGGCAAGGGCAGAAGCAAGCGCGCCCACCUGCUCAAGCCCGCUACAGAACUCGACGCGCUCAUCUGCGCUGGCAAGAUCAUUGUGGACCCCACCAGCAAAGGUGAGGACUCCAAUGUCAAGGACGAUCAAGAGGACUAG